GGCCCUUGUCUUCUGUUGUUACAUUUGGUGUCGCUGCCUACCGACAAAUGAAAAGCCUAUACCCUGCAGUUUUUGAUGGAGACAUAUGGAUCUUCGGGCAGGACUUCAAGGCUUCUGCGCAGUUGAGUGGCGUUCAAGAUCUGUCAGCGAUGGAGCUGCUACUUGAGACGCUGCUGGGAGGUCGGGCGAAAGCAGCAUAUGAAGGUGUGGGCCGAAGUAUGGACGAAUGUUCGACAGGGUCAGGCAAACAGUUUCCAAAGUGGGAAGGACCAUAUAUGGUCACUUCGAGAUGGGGUUACGCAGACACAGUCGCAAUGGCGAACAAUGAGAGGCGCGUGAACGUCAGCGAGCUCCAGAAAUGGAUACAGCGAGACAAGCCAACGAUGACGCCUGCACCAAGUAGAUCAAGCCGACUUCAGUCGCACGUAUUUGACGGGGGGACGAGUGUGGUGAGAGCAGGCUGCUAGCCGAUUGGUUGGCACUAAUCUACGUUAAGGUCUAGGUCACUAAUAUGGGCCGUGAACAAGGCUGAGUCAACAACCAAUCACAGCGAAGUUAACGUGGCAAAAUAUGAUUCGCAGAUAGAGAACUCUGUUUGUCAAGGAAUCCCGAAACAACCAAUCAGAAGCCUGCGUUUGUCUACCUAAACAACCAAUCAGAUGACUGCGCUUGUCUAUAAUAAUGUUGUCUGAAAUAUGUAUAAAUACGUGUUGAUUUUCAUAAUAAAACGAUCUGUUGCCUGGCCCUUGUCUUCUGUUGUUACACCGGG